AUGCUGACUCGCUUCUCCCGACGUGCGUGUCUCCAGUCGACCGUCGCCUCGCGCGCGCUGAGCUCGGCAGCGUCUCCUUCCCCGCUGAAAGUACUGGUCAUCGAUGGUUACUCGCCUGAGGGCCGCGCGGACCUUGAAGCUGGUGGCGCCAGCACGGCUGGAAAGCUCUACAUCGACCUGCUCAACAAUUCGGCACCUGCUGGUGUGGAAGUAGCUUCGGAUGUUGUUUAUCCCGCGGACAGCGACUUCCAGACACCCGAACUGUCCAAGUAUCACGCAGUGGCGUGGACGGGCUGCUCACUGACAAUCCACGAUGCCGAAGAUAUUCGUGUUACGAAGCAGAUUGACUUUGCCAAGAAAGUCUUCGAGGCAGGUAUUCCGCAGUACGGUAGCUGCUGGGCGGCUCAGAUCGCGGUGGCUGCUGCUGGAGGUCACUGCGGGCCCAACCCACGUGGCCGCGAGAUGGGCAUUGCGCGCAAGAUCGAGUUGUCUCCGGAGGGCCGGGCACACCCGAUGUUCGAGGGCAAGCCGUCGGUCUUCGAUGCGUUCACGAGCCACAACGAUGAAGUGACCCACAUGCCUCCAGGGGGACUUAACCUGGGCGGUAACGACUUCACAGCAGUACAGGCUGUAGCUGUGCGCCACAAGAAGGGAAAUUUCUGGGCUGUGCAAUACCACCCGGAGUACGACCUGCACGAGCUUGCCCGACUGACGUACUGCCGCCGAGCUAAGCUUGUGGGACUAGGAUUCUUCGCAGACAUGAAGAGCGCCGACCAAUAUGUAGACGACCUUGAGAAUCUGCACAUCGAUCCGUCCCGCUACGACAUUGCAUGGCGCCUCGGGCUAGACGCCGACGUGAUGGACGAGAACAUUCGCCACUGUGAGACGCGCAACUUCAUCAAGUAUCUCGCGCUUCCUCACAAGGCAGCGGUCGAAGGCAAGUAA